AUGGAGAUCAGCUACAGCUUCAUCUCCAUUAGAAAAACUCCGACAAUCUUUGCCAGAGUUCUCAGGCCCGCCUUCUCACUCUCCGCCACUCAUGAAUCCGUGUCCGUUCGAAUCUCUACUUCACAGGCCCUCCAGAACGAAACCCUCAGGGUUCUAGAAUGGAGUUCUAUCUGUAAGCAACUCUCCAUUUUUACGUCGACUUCCAUGGGAUUUGACGCAGCUCACAACGCUAACAUACGCUUCGGCCGGACGAGAGAGGAGAGCCAGAAGCUUCUGGAUCAGACGACUGCUGCUGAAGCUGUUGUGAUUUCUCGACAGUUGGAUUUUUCAGGAAUCGAAGAUGUCUCUGAAAUUUUGAAUUCGGCGACUUCUGGUAAAUUGCUUACCAUUGCUGAACUGUGUUCAGUGCGACGGUCUCUGAAAUCUGCUAGGGAGUUGUUCGAGAAACUGCAGGCUUUGGCUGGCGAUGGCAAUUCUUCAGAUAGGUUCAUGCCCUUGCUUGAAAUACUUCAGAAUUGCAAUUUCCUGGUGGAAUUGGAGAGGAAAAUUGAGUUUUGCAUCGAUUGCAAUUACUCAAUUGUUCUUGAUAGAGCUAGUGAGGACUUGGAGCUGAUUCGUUUGGAGAAGAAGAGGAAUAUGGAAGAGUUAGAUUCUCUUUUAAAGUCAGUAUCCUCUAAGAUAUAUCAGGCUGGUGGGAUUGAUAGGCCUCUGAUAACAAAGCGCCGAGCUAGAAUGUGUGUUGCUGUUAGGGCUACUCACAAGAAUUUAGUACCAGGCGGCAUUGUCUUGAGCGCCAGUAGUUCUGGUGCGACAUACUUUAUAGAACCCAAGGAGGCAGUGGAUUUGAACAACAUGGAUGUUAGGCUAUCAAAUUCGGAGAAGGCUGAGGAAAUAGCCAUUUUGAGUAUGCUUACAAAUGAAAUCUCAGAGUCAGAGAAUCAUAUAAGAUAUCUGUUGGAUAGAAUUCUUGAACUUGAUCUUGCUUUGGCCAGGGCUGCUUAUGGUCGAUGGAUGAGUGGGGUUUGUCCAUGUUUCUCAUCCAAGGGGUAUGAAGGCUUAAAUUCUAGUAUAAAUGACAAUACAUUAUCAGUAGAUAUUGAUGCUAUUCAGAACCCAUUGCUGCUCAACUACUCUCUUAAAAGUUCAUCAGAUAAUGUUUUAUCUUCCUCUGCAAAUGUAGGUCAAUUUGACAAGAGAGAUAAUGCAAUCGAUAGUGAAGGUUUUUCAGGAAGCGUCACUGAUUUUCCAGUGCCAAUAGACAUUAAAAUUAAGCGUCAAACUAGAGUGGUUGUGAUUUCAGGGCCUAAUACAGGAGGUAAAACUGCAUCCAUUAAGACUCUUGGCCUAGCAUCUCUUAUGGCUAAGGCUGGCAUGUACUUGCCUGCCAAGAACCUCCCAAAACUUCCAUGGUUUGAUCUUGUUCUGGCUGACAUUGGAGAUCACCAGUCUCUAGAACAAAAUCUCUCGACUUUUAGCGGGCACAUCUCGCGGAUCUGUAAAAUAUUAGAAGUAUCCUCGGAUGAAUCCCUAGUCCUUAUUGAUGAAAUUGGCAGUGGAACUGAUCCUUCAGAAGGUGUGGCUCUCUCUACCAGCAUUUUGCAUUAUCUCAAGAAAUGUGUUCAUCUAGCUAUUGUGACUACUCAUUAUGCGGAUUUGACUCGCAUAAAAGAUAGUGAUUCUUCGUUCGAGAACGCUGCUGUGGAAUUUUCACUCGUAACUUUAAAACCUACCUACAAGAUCCUUUGGGGUAGUACUGGAGAGUCGAAUGCUUUGAGUAUUGCUCAAUCAAUUGGAUUUGAUCCCGCCAUAAUAGAAGGUGCAAAGAAAUGGAUGGUGAGUCUUACACCAGAAAGACAGGAUGAACGUAGAGGUUUGCUCUUUAAAUCACUAAUGGAGGAAAGAGAUAAGUUGGAAGCUCAAAGAAGGGAAGCUGCUUUACUUCAUGCAGAAAUUUCAGCACUUCAUAACGAGAUUCGGGAUGAGGCAGAAGAUCUUGAUAAGCGUGAGAGAGCUCUUAUUGCUCUUGAAACCAAAAGAGCUCGACAAGAAACUGAGGCAAUAAAGUCCAAGAUAAACACUGUUGUACAAGAGUUUGAAGAGAAACUGAAAAUUGUUGGGGCUGAUCAAUUCAAUUCAUUGAUCAGGGAGGGAGAAUCCAAAAUCGCUUCAAUUUGUGAAGCUUGUCGUCCAACCGACAAUUCCCGCCCCGUUGUUGCAAAUAAAAGUUCUUAUACACCCCAGUUGGGCGAGCAGGUGUUUGUAACUGGUCUUGGGAACAAGUUAGCUACUGUUGUUGAAACGUCUGAUGAUGAGGAAACAAUCCUUGUUCAGUAUGGUAAAAUCAAGGCCCGAGUGAAGAAAAGAAGCGUCAAAGCUCUUCCAAAUAGUGAAAAGGCAGCUGCUGCUGCUGCUGCUGCUAAGUCUCCUUCAUACUCUAAGAAACAGGGUCGACGGAGCAGAGAAUUGGUCAGUACUUCAGAUGGAGAGUCUUAUGGCGCCGUUGUGCAGACUUCAAAGAACACGGUUGACUUACGGGGCAUGCGAAUAGAAGAAGCUUCUUACCAUCUUGAUAUGGCCAUCGCUUCGAGAGGACCGAAUUCGGUUCUUUUCAUCAUACAUGGAAUGGGCACAGGGGCUGUCAAGGAACAUGUACUCGAGACCUUGAGGAAACAUCCGCGUGUAGCGAAGUAUGAUCAGGAGAGUCCUAUGAAUUAUGGUUGUACAGUUGCUUUUAUAAAGUAGAUAUCAAUUUCAGGUGGUGAGCUAUGUCAAGCUGAGUACACCAUCUAGUUUGAACUCAAAUGAAUCAUAUCUCAUAUAUGUAAAUAUUGAUGACAAGCUGAACUAAAACAAUACAGGAAACAUGUAGCUGCUUCAAGUUCUAGGUUCUUUGAUCUAGAUGGUAACAAACAAAUUCAAGCUUUUCGUAGAA